AUGGACGACUCGGUGAACCUGAAGGACUCGGUAAAUCUGAAAGACCUAAAGGCGGCUAUUCCGGCAAAAUGCUUUGAAUCAUCUGCUACACGUUCACUCACGUACCUCGCCCGCGACAUCAUUUAUGCCAGUAUCUUGGUGACCCUGGCUCUUCAGAUCGAGCGCAUACCUUCUCCGGCUCUACGGAUCUUAGCUUGGGGCGCUUAUACGUACCUGCAAGGCUGUGUCGGCACCGGACUAUGGAUUCUUGGCCAUGAAUGUGGGCAUGGCGCGUUUUCGCCGUACGGAAAGCUCAACGACUGCCUGGGGUGGCUGAUUCAUUCUUUCCUCCUCGUGCCAUUCUUCUCUUGGAAGAUCACUCACGCCCGCCACCAUCGAUACACUGGACAUCCCACGAAAGACGUUGUUUUUGUUCCCGAGAAGGAAGAGGAGCUCCGUGCUUCUAACCCUAGCCGCCUCGAAGUUCUUAUCGACUACGCCGAAGACACUCCUAUUGUCACGCUGGCUCGACUUCUCCAGCAUCAGCUGCUUGGCUGGCAAAUCUACCUUUUCCUGUACCCGACUUCUGGCAAGAACAGCCUUCCCGCCAGCGAACAGUCCAAGAAGUCGCUCGAUCAUAGCCACUUCAAUCCACGGAGCCGACUCUUCACCGACUCUCAGCGGUGGUCGAUCGCUAUCUCAGAUCUAGGCCUUAUCUUGACCCUGAGUUUCCUCGCUGUUGUUGCUUCGCAAGUGGGCGUCUACAAGACCGCGCUCCUCUACUUUGUCCCUUACUUCUGGGUCCACCACUGGUUGGUCGCCAUCACCUACCUCCAUCACACUCAUCCAGAUGUGCCAUACCACACCGAAGAGUCAUGGACCUUCACUAAAGGUGCCCUUGGCACGAUCGACCGAAGCGUUGGCUUCGUCGGCCGCCACUUCUUCCACGAGAUCGUCGACUACCACGUUGUACAUCAUCUCUUCCCCAAGAUCCCUUUUUACCACGCCGAGGAGGCCACCAGGGCCAUUCAACCUCUGCUCAAGGAGCAGUACUUCGAGACCAAAGACGAGUCCUUCAUGAAGUCGCUCUGGAAUACGUUCCAAUCGUGCAAUUACGUUUCGGGAUCUCAGUCCGGUGUACCGGGCGAGGACGGGAAGAUGUACUGGGUGACUAAACGCGCCGGCAGCAAGACGUCACAGUUGUAG